AUGGUGGCCCUGGGCACCCUCCUGCUCCUCGGCCUGCUCCUCAUGGCCCCGCCGGGGCUGGGACGGUGCCACCCUCAUGCCAUGCAGCUUGCAGGGAGAUGGUUCCUGGUCGGCAUGGCCUCCCGCUGCAGCUACCUGGCAGAGCACAGCCACCGGCUGGAGGCCACGGCGGUGACGGUGACCGUCCCGGAUGGGCAGAGCCUGGCCAUCAGCACUUUCAGGAAGCUGGACGGGAUAUGCUGGGAAAUCAGACAGCGCUACCUCCCUGCCAAGGCCCACGGACACUUCCUCCUGAAGGGCCGUGGCUAUGGCAGCAAGGUGGACGUGGUGGUGGGUGAGACAGACCACAGCAGUUACGCUAUCCUCUAUUACCAGAAGGGCCGGAGCAUCUCCGUCAAGCUCUAUGGACGGACCAGCCGGGUCAGCGACGCCGUUGUGGACAAGUUUGAGCAGCGCGUCAGGGCUGUGGGCCUAAGCGAAGACGUGACCUACUACUUCCCCAUAUACGGGUUUUGCGACUCCGCAGAUGAGUUUCACAUCCUCGAUGAAACGAAGCCGUAGGUGCAGAUGGUGUUACCAGGAGGU